UUUAAAUUUGUACUGUUUUUAAUUGUCUUUGAUUAUAUGAAUUCUGUUUUAUUUCUCAAGGUUAAUCACUAUCGGUUCUCCAUAUCUUGGAGUAGAAUUUUCCCAAAUGGUGAAGUAAGAUUCAGAAAUCAAGCGGGAAUCGAUUAUUACAACGAUGUCAUAGAUAAACUUCUGGCAAAUGGUAUAACACCUUUAGUAACAAUGCACCAUUUCGAUACACCAUUAGAAAUUGAGAAAAAAGGUGGUUUCACCAGUUCUCUGAUUAUUGAAUAUUUUGUGCAGUAUGCCACUGAAUUGUUCAAAAUCUUUGGUGAUAAGGUUAAACAUUGGAUAACUUUUAAUGAACCAUGGUUCAUGUGCAAACGUGCUUAUGGUGACGGCACCUAUCCGCCACUUGUUAAUAUUUCUGGAGUUGCAGACUAUCUUUGUAUAGACAACAUUUUAAAGGCACAUGGCGCAGCUUACAGGGUUUACAAGUCUCGGUUUUUUGCGAAACAAAAGGGUCUUGUGGGCAUCUCUAUUAGUAGUCCAUACUUUAUCAUCACUAAUUCCUCUGACAUGGAUAUGUUUGAACGUGCUAUGCAGUUCAAUAUUGGUUAUUUGGCGCAUCCAAUUUUUAGUGCCGCCGGGGGUUAUCCUGAGGUUAUGGUAAAAGAUAUCGCCACAAACAGUCGUGAAGAAGGAAGAUUUAUGUCACGUCUGCCGCAGCUUGACGGGAAAUGGAAAGAUAUUAUCAGAGGUUCAUCUGACUUCUUCGGUCUGAAUUACUAUUCGUCAAGAUUUCUAAGACGUGCCUCCAAACCGUUGGUUAGCAGUCCUUCAUAUGAACGGGAUGCAAACUAUGAAAUUUAUAAAAAUGUACCAUUGUUGCAGCAAACGUGUGAUCCAGAAGGUUUGGAAGGUCUUUUGAAGUGGAUUCGAAAAGAGUACAACAAUGUUCAAGUUAUAGUUACAGAAAAUGGUUGGAGAGAUAAAGGAGAGAUUGAAGAUGAUGAUCGAAUAAGUUACUUAAAAGGUCAUUUGCAAGCUGUGCUUAAUGCGGUAAAUGAUGGCUGCAAUGUAGUUGGCUAUACCCAUUGGAGUUUGAUUGAUAACUAUGAGUGGUUGUAUGGAUAUACGUUCAAGUUUGGACUUUACGCCGUUAAUAUGACUAGCCCGCUGAAAAAUCGAUAUGCGAAGAAAUCUGCAGGAUUUUAUAGAAAUGUCAUUAGUACACGAAAUUUGCAAAAUCCAGAUAUUCAUGAAAAAUAAAUUUAUUUUAAAUAUUGUA